UGGUUUAGGUCAUUAUUUUAAUAACUAUAAAAUAAUGAUUAAUCAUAUCAAAUAGUUCAACAAAAUUUAACAAAGUUCUUUCAAGCUCUCCAGAAUCACUAAACGAAGUCAUGGCUAAAAACAUUAAUAAUGAAAAGCUGCUUAAUCCAGGAACUGAUAAGGAAGUACCAGUUGAGUGGGUUGUUAGUGCCAUUAAAUAUCUUUGCCGUCUUAUAAAACAACAUGAGAAAAAGAUGAGAGAGUUCCAAACACGUUGUAGACAAUUGAUCGAAGAAAAAAAACUGGGCAUGGAUAUUAGCUUGGAAUUGGCUGUUUUAAAUUUGAAAGAGAGACAAUUUAUUUCAAGUAUAAUAAAUACGAAAGAUUUGACAAAGUUUACUGACACUAUGGCUUCUCCCACAAUGCUUGAGAUCAAGAGAAUGGCUAGAGACUUACAUAAUUUAAUGGCGUAUAUUAAAUUUUUUAGUGAUUAACCAAAAUUGAAGUACUGUAAGUAAAACUAUCCAAAAAGUCUAAUACACAACAAUAUAUCUUUUAAUUAAAAAUAAAGAAAAUCACAUAUAA